AUGGCUCGACCUACAUUUUAUUCAAUUCUGUUUUUGGAUUCUGAUGGAAAUCACAAAUCUUCAGAUGCUACUAAUGGUUUAACAUUUUAUAAAUCGAUCGAUAAUUUAUUAAGUUCAUUGCAGGAAUCGACAGAAAUAAAAUUUCCUGUUUGUAUAUGUUCUUCAAAUAAAUCUAACAUUUUGGGCAAACUUGAAAAACAUUCCAAUGUAGCAUGUAUCUUCAUAUGUGCAGAACACCAUAGAGGACUCCAUACAGAAAAUCAGGUAACAAAUAAUACAAGAGUAAAAGAAAAAAAGUUUUCUGAUGAACCUCUUCGUUGGCAAAUGGAUGCUCAUACCGAAGCUCUUCUUGCUAAUGCUGAUCAUGGUCAAUCGAAUGUGGCUGCUUAUAUAGAAAACAUCAUAAAUAGUCUUAUAGAGCAAUCUAGCCAUAUACCUCAAAUUCCACAACAAGCAGUCCAACGUUAG